AUGAUGAUCGGUAUGAAUUUAAAAAUGGGGAUGGAGGAGGCUAGGAUCAUCGAAAAUAGAAUUCGAGAGUUGUGGAAAUUGGAGAGGGAGGUGUCCUCGCCGCCGAGCACCAGCCCCAGCCCUUCCACCACCGAGAUAUCGAAGAAAGAUUGGGAGCUGAUGGCCGAAAUGAAUAACUCUGUUUACGGGAAUCCAAGCUCGCUGACGAUUCACAACGAGAAAAAUAUAAAAGCAGGUAAUAAAUUCCAACGGAACCUGAACGAGAUCGGCAAGUCCGAGCAAAAAUCGAGCGACCCAGAUAGGAAAAGAAAGUACGAUUGGACCCCGGACAGCGAUUCGGCAGUUAACAUGACGACAACGGGAUUGCUUCUGAUGAUCACCCUGAUCGCAAUGUCGAUCAUUCGAUAAGAAUCAGGGAUGUCUCUAAUCUGUAAUUAUCGGCUGGAUUCAAACUGUGAAACGCGAAAGAAAGAAGAAAAGAGAAGAGGAGAAACUGAUAGGACUGCGAGAAACAUACAGACGUACAUACACAAGAGCACACAUAUAAUAUAUAUAUAUAAAAAGAAGGAAGAAUGACUGAGUAGCUAGUGUCGUAUUAGAACAAGAGGAAGAGAAAGAGGAAAGGAAAAAAAAAAAUAAAUUAAUAGUAAGAAUAAUAAUUACGCGUGCCAAGUCAGUGUAGAGCGCAGUGAUGACGAAGGAACGAGAUGUGAGACAUCGUGCAAAAGGGAAACGAAUUUUCGAAUCGAUAUAACGUAUUAUGCACGAGACGUGGGAGGUAAGGAAGGGACGGCAAAUCACAAAGUGCAACGACUAUCGCUUUCAGUGUAACAUAUUGUAUAACGCCGUUAAUGUCGCCGCAGAGAACGCGCCAACGAUCUCGAGUUUCGAUUAACGAGCCUUGAGCCUGUUCGAGUCCAAAACUGGUCCAUAUUUGUUAACAAGUUUGUCUUUUCUUUUUAAUCUUUUUAACCGUAUUUACGAUUAAUCAUUAAUCUGGAAGAUAAAUUUUUUUUGAAAAGUAUAUAUAUUUAUAUGUAACAUUUCUUCUUUCAAAUUGAUAGGUUAAAAAUUUAUUCAAGCAUUUUACUCAAUGUAUGAAUAAAUGACUAAAGAAGAAGUAAAAAUCAAUGAUGCAAGCGUGAAUUGUCCGCGCUAUCGAUUUCGUUCUCUCACUUUUUUUUUUUUUUUUCCUCCUUGGAUGAUUUUCCUUUCUCCUUUUUAUUCCAUUCUGCGAAGUGUUCCUUCUCCGUCGUUUCCUUUUCUCAGUUUUUCUCUCUCUUUCGUUCCUCCGUCGUUUCGUUUCUUAUACCAAAUCGCGGAUCCCAUCUGGAUACUUGAGAUUAAAACGUCAGAUUCGGUAUAGAAGAUGUUCCUCGAUGAAGAAGUAGUAGAAGAAGAAAAAAAAUAUAGGGGGGAGAGGAGGUGGAGAGUACACGAACGUUAAAGGAUAUUAAAGACGGAAUAUUAUUAAUCGCAAAUAUGUUUAAAAUCUUCGAGAUUAUAUAAAAAUUCAUCAGAUAAAAAUUCAUAGU